AUGGCCGUCGCGAUCACCAACAAACAUUUUUCCAUUCUCUACCAAUUGUUCACAUUCAUUCAACUUGUACUCUCUCUCACCUGUAACACCCUCACCAUCCAGUAUUUAGCCACACUCAUCAAAAGUUCCAACUCAACUUCGGAACAACACAUUUGGGCCAUUCUCUUCAUGAAUCUUCUCGUCAUGCUAGAGAUGAUUCUUGUGGCAUGUUGGGGUCUUUCUCUAUGGCGUGGAACCAUUUCCUUCCAUUCAAAUUUCAGUUCCCAUUCCGAGAAGAAAUUAAAAACUUGUUCCAUACUGGGUCUUGUUGCUCAUUCCUUGCAAACACUUUUCGGAAUUAUAAUAUCGUAUAUUGCAAGUUGCAGUUUAUUGUAUGGAAAUUUAUGGCAACAAGGAUCCGAGUGGUAUUCCAAGAUGCAAGCACUUCCACUCGUUGUGGCACUUGGUCAUGAAGCAUUUUCUGUGAUGUGUUGGGGUGUAUCGAUUUGGAAUGUAAUAUUUGUCUGGAGAGAGUGCAAACGAAAUGAACAUGUGACCACAAUGACGAUUGGUGAUGAGGAGAUGAGUCCACCACAUGUUCGAUUGGAAGAGGAGGAGGAAGAACAUUGA